AUGGUCAAGGUGGGAGAAGAAGAUGACUAUGCAAGUGUUAAGAAUUACUCUGGACUCUAUGGAUUGUCUAUCAAUUUUGACAGGCAUGACGUCCUAUUGCAGUUAGGACUCCUUAUAUAUGCUUCAAUUAUUUGUUGGAAGCCAGGUGCUAAUUAUAAGCGGCUUUGCAAAUUGUUUAGAGAUCUUUUUCGUGUAUUAGCACAGAGAAGUUUGAGGGGUGGCACCGGAGCUGUUCCAUUGCAUCGCAAACUUAGGAGUGAUGGUUAUUUCUAUAUUGCUAAGAUUAUUGGAGGAGUAUGGUUAAGAUUAUGGGUUCAAGGGGCGUUGGCUGUGUCAAAUAUGGGAAUGUUUUUGGCUGAAAUGAGUGGUGACUCUUUUCAGCUUUUGGGAAUGGCAGAACGAGGAAUGCUUCCUGAUUUUUUCGCCAAGAGAUUGCGUUAUGGAGCUCCUCUUAUUGGAAUAUUGUUUUCUGCAUCAGGUGUUAUACUUCUGUCAUGGCUUAGUUUCCAAGAGAUUGUGGCUGCAGCGAACUUUCAGUAUUGUUGUGGAAUGAUUGUGGAAUUUAUAGCUUUUGUGAAGUUAAGGAUAAAAUACCCUGCAGCGUCAAGACCUUAUAGGAUUCCCUUAGGCACAGUUGGUUCAAUUUUAAUGUGUGUGCCACCAACAUUAUAUAUUCUUGUGGUUAUGGCACUGUGUACAUGUAAGGUCAUGAUUGUCAGUUUCUUGGCUAUUCUUGUUGGAUUUAUUUUGCAGCCUUGCCUAGUUUGUUGUGACAAAAAGAAAUGGUUGUUUCUCUGUUAG